AUGUUUUAAGCAUCGGUCAAUUUUAAAUCGUACAAGGAAUUGAAUAGUCUGGAAGAGAGACAAAUGAGAUGUAAAUAAAAAUUAAGUCAACAUCCUGAAAUGAUUCCUGUCAUUUUAGAGAAACAUCCUAAAUCUAAAAUGCCAUAAUUAAAUAAAUCAUUGUAAGUGAGAUCUUAAUCAUAUUGAUAUUUAGUCACAAAAGGUUUUCGCAUACUUUAGUUUAGAGAUACCUUAAAAAACACUUUGUAAAUAUCUCCUAAGCAAUCCUUAUAUUUUCAUAUUGGUAAUCAACUUCUCCCUGAGGAUGUCAAAUUAAUAGAUAUAUAUGAGAAGAAAAAAGAUCCCGAGGAUGGGUUUUUAUACAUCACUUAUUCUGACUUAGAAGUUUUUGGUUGAUAUUUUUAUGUAUUUAAUAUAUAAAUCCUUCAUUUACAUCUACCAA